AUGGAAGUUCAUUCAACCUAUAGCUCGUUGAGUUUUUCCAAGCUUGUGGAAGAACUUGUAUUCAUUAGCAGUGAAUAUUAUAAAUUUGAUGAAAGUACUCCAUUAGCUGGAGAUUUUAAGACUAAAGUUCAAGAAUUGUAG